AUGUCUGAAUCAACGUGGGAAAAGACCAAACGAUUCUCCAAAAAAGGCUUCGACAAAACAUGGGCGACCGUCGACAAACUCGGCGCUCCGGUGAAUCGCCUUUCCAAUAAACUAGGCGCCGAAGCCUUUUGGCCCAUGACCAUCGAUAAAGAAAGCGACAAAGCCGCGCGCAUCUUGCGCAGUUUCUGCAAGGAUGGUUUCUAUGCGGCCGAGGCCGACGAGGGUGUGGAUGAGAAUGGAAAGAUCAAUCGGCCCAAGGGCAAGCAAAAGGUCAUCAAGAAGAUUCCUUCGCAAGUUAUCAAGAACGCAAAGGGUAUUGCUAUCUUCACCACGAUGCGAACCGGUCUUUGGGUGAGUGGUUCCGGUGGUAGUGGUGUUUUGCUUGCUCGGAUCCCCGAGACGGGUGAAUGGAGCCCGCCAUCUGGGAUCAUGCUUCACACUGCUGGGAUUGGGUUCCUGGCUGGUGUGGACAUUUACGAUUGCGUGGUUAUUAUCAACACACAUGAAGCGCUGGAAGCGUUUAAGAAGCUGCGCUGUACCCUCGGUGGUGAAGUCAGUGUGGCGGCUGGCCCCGUUGGAAUGGGUGGCGUGCUCGAAUCUGAGGUUCACAAGCGCCAGGCCCCAAUUUGGACGUACAUGAAGAGUAAGGGUCUCUACGCGGGUGUGGCCGUCGACGGAACAAUUAUCAUUGAGCGAACCGACGAGAACGAACGCUUCUACGGUGAGCGGAUCUCCGUCACUGAUAUCCUCGCCGGCAAAGUUCGCCACCCACCCGAGUCCAUCAAUACGCUUCUACAAACUCUCAAAGCCGCCCAAGGCGACCGCGAUGCAGAUGAAACCCUGGUCCCACCUCCUGGAGCAACGCCCGGUGAUAUCGAGCUGAACGACGGCCACGCCUUCGGUGUCCCGUCGGCUGAAGACCCAGAUCCAUACGGAGUGAAAGCGUUGGAGGCUGAGGGCUUGUUCAUUCGGGAGGCUAGCACCAAGGUGAGGCCAAGCCCUGAAACCUUUGAGUUCCGGCCCAAUCCGAGCAGCCCGGUUUAUGCUACAUUCUCCAGGCGCAGUCUUGAUAGCUCGCCAAGGAAUAGUUGGCGCACCAGUAUGCAAAGUUAUACUAGCGUGAACCGCGGGACUCAAACGGAUAACAGCACUCAAACGGACCUCCCGCUAACCUCACCACCAUCAGUAAGCCGAGCGUCGUCGCGGAGCGCGAAGGGGUCGACGGGUGUUCCUGCGCUAGGCGAGUCGAGAUGGGAAUCGGUGCCGAUUGGUGGUGAGGAGGAGGAUAAAGAUUUGGAGGAUGCGAAGAGACUUAUUGCCCGAGCUGAGAUGGAUAAUGAGGAGAAUGAAGAGGAUCAGCCAAUUGAUUAUGAUGAGGACUUUGAGGUUCAUGAAGUCAGUAAUGCGACGAUCACCAAGCAGGAACGUGGCGUUGAGUCGCCUGUUGAGGAACGCCCAGCUACUGCGGAUUCGUCUUCGCGCAGCUCGCCUAAUUUCACUCGGGCUCGUCUUGUUACCAUUCCUAAGCGACCUACCCCACCUGCCCUUCCUCCCCGUCAUCCCCGUCAUACCUGGGGUUCGGGGUCCAGCCGCGAGUCUACCUCUCCCACUGCCCUGUCGCAUUCCAGUCGCAGCACCGAGCCCACCGAGGCUGCUGUUGACUCGGAGUUGACCGAGCCGGUCAGUGAAACUGCACCCCUGCCCUCGAACGUGACAAAACUCCAAACGAACACUGUUCUGCCUGCAGUUGUUGACGAGGAUGAUUUCGACGAGGAAGAUUUCGCCUCAGACACUGAGAUGCCUGCUGAAAAAGACGAGUUUCACUCGGUCAACGGAGACGAGGAAUCCAAUUCCGAGGAAAAUGUCCAGACAUUGACUGGUGAUGUCUCAAACAUGGAAAUCGACAAGCAUGAGGAGAAUGGUCUAGAGGAUCCGUCUCCCAAAUCGGACAUCUCUCCGAAGUCCGAUGCCACUGAAACUGAGGCCAAUGCCGAGAUUGAGGAGCUUAAGGUUGACGCCUUGGAAGCUGCUGCUGAGAAGGACAAGGCUGAACCUCAGUCCGAGGAGGUGGAUACUGAUAAGGUCAACUCUGAGCAGAGCCAUGAUGCUGUCAACAUUCACUCUCUGAAUGCUCAGGCUGCCUAA